AUGCCUCUGGAUAGGAUAUAUGUGACCCGACAUGGGCACCGCUUAAACUGGACCAUAAACCUUGACAAUGGCACUUACCACUCCGUCUACCCCACUCCCACCGGCAUACCCGUCGACCCAACACUGACAGGCCCCGGUGUGCGGCAAUCGCAGGAGCUCGCUGCACACCUGAACAAUGAUGAAUUCUCCCCAAAGCCAUGUAGAGUCUACAGUAGCCCAUUCUACAGAUGUUUGCAAACCAUACAGCCAACAGUGGAGGCGCUGAAGGCCCGACAAGAGCGGGAAAGGAAGACUUUUAUAGAUUUGGAUGUGAGGAUGGAGAAUGGGCUUGGCGAAUGGUUCGGAUCCUCGUCAUUCUUCACGCACCCAGCACCCGCGUCGCCAGAAACGCUCCGCAUCCUCUUCCCCACCCUCCUCAACUCCCAAUACGAACCCCAUGUCUACCCGUUUGCCAACGGCGAAACCAUCUCCAUACUCCAUGACCGCAUCGCCACAACCCUCCAAGCUAUAAUCGCACAGGUUGAUGCUGAGCUCGACGAGUACGAGCGCGACAAUCCUGCAGAGCAGAAACAGAGCCGUGCCAUUCUGAUAUGUACUCAUGCUGCACCGUUGAUCGCGAUUGGCCGCGCGCUAACGGGGGAUAUGCCUGAGGAUACGUGCGUUGAGGACUUUAGGCCGUUUACGGCGAGUUUGUCGACGUUUGUGAGGAAGAGGAGGGAGGCCCGCGGCGGCGGCGGUGGAGAGGCGUCGGGGGAGGAGUUGUUUUCCGGAAAGGGGGUGCCGCAGUGGCAGGGCGGGAUCGGGGUUGGGGGUGGUUGGAUUUGCGUUGGAAAUGGGGACUGUGGGUUUUUGAGCGGCGGGGAGGAGAGGGGAUGGCAUUUUAACGGAGAGGAAGACUUCGACACAACGCCAGCUGCGGUGCUGACUGGUGCUGAAGGUUCCCCUGCGAAGUUAUGA